AUGUACCACAGAAAAAUCCCUGUGGGAUCCCUCUGGGAGCCCGAAUACCACCUGGAGCUGCCAGAGGGAAAGUCCCUGUCUGGUUCCUUCCCUAGAGCCCAGUCUAGCGAGGAGGUGAAGCUCAGAUCUGCACUGUGCCAGCAGAGCCCCACAAAGGUGUCUUGCAAAGGAGUUGGCCUGCUCAAGCUUCCAAAGGAGCUUGGCCAAGGAGUGAAGUUCCUUGAGCUCUCCAACAACUUCAUCCAAAACCUGUCGGGCAGCUCCAUGACAGGGUUUGAGCAGCUCGAGUACCUGGACAUGUGCUUCAACCAGCUGGAAGCUGUGUCAACCACAGCCUUGGCUCAGCUGCCUCAGCUGCGCUCUCUCCUCCUGGGAUCGAACCACCUCGACCGCAAUUACCUCGCUAAUGGACAAGCCUUUCGUCUGCUCAGGAAUGUAGAGGUCCUGGACCUGUCAGCAAACAACCUGGACAGCCACAUGGCAGGCUGGUACAUCCACAACCUCACCAGGCUGAGGGUGCUGGACCUCUCCAGGAACAAGAUGACCAAGCUGCUGGCAGGGAUCUUCCAGAGCACGCCAUGGCUGCGCGAGCUCCACCUCAGCAAUAACUACAUCAUGGAAAUCGAGGAGGGAGUCUUUGAGGCUCUGGAAGAGCUGGAGGUGGUGAACUUGGCUUUGAAUUCCCUCCACUGUAUCUCUGGCUUCAGCCUCACACAGCUGCGAGUUUUAAAUCUUAGCCACAACGCCCUGGAGCUGUUCACCUCGGAGGAGGGAGCAGCUGCUCCCUACCUGCUUCAAGUGCUUGACUUGAGCCAUAACAGACUACUCUACUUUCCAGAGCUCCCCAAAGUCCAUUAUCUCACACACUUAAAUCUCUCCAACAACCUUAUUGCUUCCCUGCUCCCAGGCUCACACCACCCGGGGGAGUUUGUACUGCACUACAAGGAGAUGGCGAGGUUUAACAGGACCUUGCAUACUGUGUCUGCUCUGACACAUAUGGCUGACUUGGAUCUCAGCAAUAAUCGGCUACAGCUUUUCCCAUUUACCUUCUUCCACAGCCUGGGCUCUCUGCACCACCUCAGCAUGGCUAUGAACUGUCUCCAGGAUGUAGCCAGGGAGUCGCUUACCAGCAGCAUGGAGCCCAGCGACCACACACCAGCACCACCAGAGCACGCUGCCUUGUCUGUGCACUCGCUGGACCUCCAUGGCAAUGCCUUCCGCAUGCUGCCACCCUGGUUCUUUAGUGCUCUACCUCAGCUGGAAAUGAUCGACCUGGGCUCCAACAGCCUCCAGCCUUGUGAGAGCCAGGGGGGGAAUUUGGGAGGCACCUGCACCCCCUUCUACAACGUGCCUCACUUGAAGCAUCUGAGUCUUUACAAGAACAACAUCACCAGGCUGCACCCUUACGCCUUCAACCAGACCUCACUACUCUCCCUAGACCUGUCGGGGAACAAGGACUUGUUCAUGCCUAAGGAAGCCCUGGGGGGGUUGGAGUUCUCCCUGCAGAAACUCUCUCUGAGGGGCAACCAGAUGGACAACAGCAAGGCAGAGCUCCCCUGCCUGGGCACGCUCAAAGUCUUGGACCUCUCAGGCAACAAUCUGAGCUUUCUGCCCACAGGUCUUUUCUGCUCCCCACUGGAAAGCCUGGAUGUUCGCAAUAACCAGCUGCUGAUGUUGGAAAAGCCGGCGCUCAUGAGCUGGUCCCGCAGCCUGAAGGACGUGUCCAUCACUGGAAACCCCUUUAGCUGCUGCUCUCUGGCCUGGCUGGACAUGCUACAGGCUGCUGGUGUGGGUGUGCUGGACCUGGAUGAAGCUCUCUGCAUCUACCAGGACGAGAGCAGCAACUUCUCAGCCAAGAUAGCCAGCAGCCCUCAGUGGCUUUGUCCACACCCCAAUGACACCAGCUCUCUGGCUCUGCUCGUGGUCAUGAUGAGCCUUUUCUUUCUCAGUUGUGGGGCUUGCUGCCUUCUGAAGAAAGGGCAGAAGUCACCAGGGUUUGCUGGACUCCAGAGCAACAGUGUGGGGGUCUUGCCCCACCAUCCCAAAAGAGAGGAGCCAGCCGAGGCAAGGCCAGCAGACAGUGUCACCAAAGUGUAG